CGAGGGAGGCGUGGCGAGAGUGGUUGAGGCAGAUGAGGAAGGGGAGGGGCGAGGCUGCUGCAUGACUUACUUUGACUUAGAAUAGCCCGGACCCUCCUUAGCUGCAGAAGUGUCGCUCUCCCUCCUCCCUCUCUUCCUCACUCACUCACGGUGAGGUCACGUGACAGGACAGACCAAGAUGGCGGCUGGUGGCUUCCUUUUGACCAUCCUACUGCUGCUGGUGGCCUCCGAAGGACUCGAGGCUACACCAGCGGAAGCCCGAGCGACAAAGGCGGUUGCGCUGAAACUCCAGGGGGAUGACUACCACAAAAUGAUUCGACCCCCAGGAACAGGACCCACCAUCGUCGCCCUUCAACUCUACAUCCGGGACAUGAGCAUCGAUGACGUAAACAUGAAAGCCAACUUUGACAUCACCUUCAGAAUGCUGUGGAACGAUUCACGGCUCGCCUACAAGGGUAUGCCAGGUCUGGCGGGGGUCAACUACGUGUCGCUGUUGGACCCGUCGCCGCUGUGGCUCCCCGACGCCUUCUUCAAGAACGCUAAGGUGACGCAGUACUCCUCCAUCCGCCCGGAACAGUACCUCAGAGUGUUCCCCGACGGUCGUAUUAUCUUCAGCACCAGGUGGGGUUAUUGUUGUGACAUUGCCGACUACGGCUACACAACGAAGGACGUCAAGUUGGUGUUGUCGGGAGAGGAUGAGUCUCAGGCCGUCUCCGUCGGGGCAGAAGUUAGCCCCGAGGGAUUCACGUUCGCGGGCAUCUCCUCCGACACCUAUACCUCCUCCACGGCCACGGGCGAGUACAGCAAUGUGCGAAUAUCCGUAAUGAUUCGCAGGUAUUUCGGCAACUACCUCUUGGAGCGGUACAUUCCUACUUUAAACCUAAUCAUAGUGGCGUGGUUCAGCUUCCUCAUCCCCGCUAAACAGUUCCUGGCCCGCAUCCUGCUCACCCUCAUACCCCUCAUCUUUACAAUGUUCACUAAUAUGCAGUUCAAGAUGACUUUGGCCUCCGUCCCGUAUGCCACCGCAAUGGACGCGUUCAGUGGAGUCUCCCUGAUAGUGCUCUUCUUGACCCUCCUGUACGUUAUUGUCUGCGAAGUAUACGAGAACAAGAAGAACGAAGGAGAGGAGAAGGCCAGCGUCGAGGACGGGGAGGUCACGAAGGGCGGGGAGGCGGAGGGCGGGUUGGUGCGGCGCCUGGCCCUUCGCGCCCGCCAGCGAGCCAACUACCUCUCCCGCGUGUUGCUGGUCAGCGGUUACUCCUUCUUCCUGUUUGUGUACUUCGUGGCCUUCUGCGCCACUGGCUAGUCAGGACACACACACACACACACACUUAUUCUUACAUAUCUAAUUGCUUGCCUCUAAUUACAUGGUUAUUCUUUUUACACACACUCACACACACACACACACACACUACGUAUAGCAUCCCGUCUAUCUGGUCGCCGGUUCAAUCCCUGGCGUUGAGAGUAUAUUCCCCUUUUCCGGACUAGAUCGAUAUAUCAUGUGUUCGAUAAUGGUAAGUGCCUGGCACCGCUGUGAUCCUAUCAUGAGUUGUAUUUCCCCUCUGCUCGGAGGUGAGAGAGCACACAAAAAUUGAUCUUGAUGGAAGGGAGGCCUGUGUAAUUACCCGCCCGAUGUGGAAAGCCCAUGAAAAAUAACACUUAGCGAAGGGGAGAUGGGUCGUCUCUUAAGCCAAGAGGUUAUAAGCGUGGCUGUCCGUCUGGCUGGCCGCGAGUUCAAUCCCCGGCGUCGGAAAUUUAUAGGCCUAUUUACUCCUUUCGGGCCGGGAUCAAUUCAUCACGUUUCUUGUUUCCUAGUGAUUAGAAUUAACACGCCUCCAAUUAGACUGAUUUUACUGUCGACUUCAGUUCGACUACAACCUCUUAUUAUCCUUUCUGUCAUGAAUAUAUAUAUGUAAUUGUUCUUGAUUUUGUUUUCCAUGAAUCUAAGACAGCACAAGUAAUCACGAACGAAUAUUUAAGAAGGGGGCGGGGGCAAAACUUUUUUUAUAUAUAGUUGGCUCGCGGGAACUGUAACAUUGCUAGGUUAACAGUAGGCUACGUAUUGUUGAUGUAUUGUGUAGUGCUAGAGCCUGACCUGGAUGUAUUGUUUUAAUUACGACAACCAAUAUUUCUUUGUGUUGUGUGUGUGUUGUUGUUGUUGACUCGGGUUUGCCUGCUACGAGGAGGUGGCAAACAAGGAUAGCCUACCCUGCCCCCACUGCUGGCAAGCCACCCGGAAACCUCUGCUGCACUACAUCCUGGAGUGCCCCCUCACCACCCCACAGCUCCACCCGGACGACGACACGGCUCCCCAGACAGCAGCAGAGCGAGUGACCCUCACCCAAGAUUCCACCCUGGCAGAGGUGGUGGCAAAAUACCCACCUCCUCGAUAAACUCCGAAAACUGACGACAUCCUCUGACGGGCUCACCAGCCCGUGCCCUCCUCUUGGAGGACAAAUCAACAACAACAACGUUAAUUGUUGUUGACCUCUAAUGUAGAAUGUGUACUACACCUGUCCUCGUGUAUAGCCAGUGUUACGGAGAUAUAUGUGUUGCCUGGGAGCAGACAUUAUAUAAAUAAGUAUUGUGUUUCCCUUCUCAGUGAACAACCGUGAAGUUAAACAUGUAUACUGAAAAAAAAAGUCUAGGCUAUGUAACAAUCUUCAACUGUAACAAGCUGAAUAUACAAUCAUACGACCUUGUAACUCAUCAGUACACAGCAAAACCAACAAAUAUAAAGAAAACUCAUAAGUACUCCAAAACAACAAAGAAAUAGGCAUAAAAACAGCUUAAAACAGCAUGAAUAACCCUUUAUGCAACAGAAUCUUCGCUUGCCAUGUCCGAUUAUGUUACUGAGGACUUCGCAUUGCCUUUUGUAGCAUGGAAGCUUGAAUAAACACACCCUACGAC